AUGGAAUAUCUUUCUUUGCACUUGGCAGUGGAGAAGAAGAAGGAAACAAUAACUGAAUCAGCAGGCCGACAGCAGAAAAAGAAAAUAGAGAGACAAGAAGAGAAAUUGAAGAAUAACAACAGAGACUUGUCAAUGGUUCGGAUGAAAUCUAUGUUUGCCAUUGGCUUCUGCUUCACUGCCUUGAUGGGAAUGUUUAACUCCAUAUUUGAUGGCCGAGUGGUGGCAAAGCUUCCGUUUAUCCCCCUCUCGUACAUCCAAGGUCUCUCUCACCGCAACCUUCUGGGUGAGGAUUACACUGACUGCUCCUUCAUCUUCCUCUACAUUCUCUGCACAAUGUCUAUCAGACAGAACAUCCAGAAGAUGCUCGGUCUUGCUCCUUCCCGGGCUGCCACCAAGCAAGCAGGGGGAUUCCUUGGCCCGCCACCUCAGGCAGGGAAGUUCUCCUAAAGCACAGUUACAGCCUUCGCUGAAGGUCUGACCAGUGCACAAGACUGCCUUUGGGAGGUAACGAGAUGGGAUUCUCCACCAGGCUUCAUGUGUCCAAAACCAGCCUAUGCAGUAUUGGCCACAGUGUUGGAAACAUCUUCCAUAUGGAGUAUUCUACCAGCAGUUGUUUACUCAUCAAACUAAGAAAGUUCUCAGAAGAUAACUUGUCCUUUUGUUUCUGGUGUUUCUGAGAAAUAAAUGGCAUGGGUGUGUU